AUGCUGCCUAUGGCAAGACCCGCCAUGUCUGGCACCCUGUGUGCGCGUCCUCGACUGGCUCUCCUUCCUCGUGCCCAGCCCAUUGCCGCCCUCUCGACCUCGACCGUGAAAUCAGCGACCGCUCUUGAACGCCAGUCACCUUCGGGACAGUCACUCACUGCGUCGGGUAAGAUCCGGAAGGAAGUGGCACUUCCCAGUCAAGAGAAGAAGGAGGGUGCUAUGCAAUAUGUCUUGACUACCCUUGACCAGGUCGCGAAUUGGGCCCGCCAGAGCUCUCUAUGGCCCAUGACCUUCGGUCUUGCGUGCUGCGCCGUCGAGAUGAUGCAUCUUUCCACUCCCCGAUAUGAUCAGGAUCGUCUGGGAAUCAUUUUCCGUGCCUCGCCACGACAGUCCGAUGUGAUGAUUGUGGCGGGUACAUUGACAAACAAGAUGGCCCCCGCACUCCGCCAGGUUUAUGAUCAGAUGCCCGAUCCUCGGUGGGUUGUCAGUAUGGGCAGUUGCGCAAACGGUGGCGGCUACUAUCACUACAGCUACUCGGUUGUCCGUGGCUGUGAUCGCAUUGUUCCCGUGGAUGUCUAUGUUCCUGGAUGCCCGCCUACCUCCGAGGCACUGAUGUAUGGUAUCUUCCAGCUCCAAAAGAAGAUGAGACACACUAGGAUCACGCGCAUGUGGUACCGGCGUUGA